AUGCGCUUAACCGUACUAAUGCUUUUCGGCUUGUGUCUUGAAGUGACGGUUGCCAGCAAGAAGUUAGACUUUCACAACAAGUGCAAACAAACCGUUACGGCUGGUUUGCUUGGCAGUAGUACCCACGGCGUCCAACUCUACAACCUCCAGCAUGAUCAGUCUCACACUUUGGUGCUCCCUAACAACUGGUCAGGCAGGGCUUGGGGUCGUUACCAGUGUUACGACACCAAACAACGCUCUAACGCAACUCAGUGUGGAGCGCCAGGAACACCUAACCCGGCAAGUUUGGCCGAGUUUGCGUUCGGAGCCUAUGCAGGGUUAGACUUUUAUGAUUUGUCAAUGGUCGACGGCUAUAAUUUGCCGAUAAAAAUUACCCCCAUAGGCGCGAAGCAAGGAUCUAACAAAUACGACUGCGGAUCUCCUAUCUGUUCGAAUCUACCUCAGUGUCCUAGCUCACUUACUGUCAAAGGUUCAGAUGGCAAACUACUUGGAUGUCAGAGCGACUGUUCCAAGUAUGGCGGUGAUAAAUUUUGCUGCGGUGGUAAAUAUGGAGCAAAAAAUUGUGGGGGGCCAUAUGCACCAAUGAUCAAGAAGAAAUGCCCAACGGCGUAUAGUUUUGCUUCAGACGACCCAACAAGCACCUUUACAUGCAAGACCAGUCACGGGUAUACAAUCACCUUCUGUCCAUGAUAAAACGGCUCUCAUUAUUAAAAAAUGGAAUGAAUAAUAGAUUACAUGCAAAGUGUGAAACGGAGAUGAGAAACUCAUUAGAAUGGUCGGGAUGAAGCGGGAUGUUAAAAAAUGAGAAAAAACGUUAUUCGACAAAUUCGAGCUCUUUUAUCCGAUCCUUUGCAUAGAUGUCCUUGUAACGAUCAUAGAGAUCCUGUUUGAUUGAAGGGUUCAGAUGUUUGACGGAUGGGUUGGUUGUUUCAUGUGGGGCGUGUCAGCUUACCUGCACGGCAUGCAUGUACGAGUCAUGUAGUUCUUUUAUAAUCUCAUCCUUUGACUGUCCUUCUUUGACGCUAGGUACGGAGAUGGGCUUUCCG